AUGAAGAAAGGUGUUAGUUUCCUGGUAACUGUUGCCCUCAUGGCAUUGGCUUCCUCUCUUGCCUCUGCCUCUGAUCCAAGCCCACUGCAGGACACCUGUGUUGCCAUUGAUGAGCCCAAGGAUGCUGUAUUUGUGAAUGGAAAGUUCUGCAAGGACCCAAAGCUGACCAUGGCCGAGGAUUUCUUCUCUUCAGGCCUGGAUAAGCCAGGAAACACAUCAAAUCAAGUACGGUCAAAUGUCACUACCGUAAAUGUUGACAAAAUAAAGGGACUCAACACUCUUGGCAUAUCCAUGGUUCGUAUUGACUAUGAACCAUAUGGCCAAAACCCUCCUCACACUCACCCUCGUGCCACCGAGAUUCUAACUGUCUUGGAGGGAACCCUCUACGUUGGCUUUGUCACAUCCAACACCGAAAACCGCCUCAUUAGCAAAGUCCUCAACAAGGGGGAUGUUUUUGUGUUUCCUAUUGGUCUCAUUCACUUCCAAUUCAAUAUUGGGAAGACUAAUGCAGUAGCCAUUGCUGCUCUGAGCAGCCAAAAUCCAGGUGUUAUCACCAUAGCCAAUGCAGUAUUUGGAUCAGAUCCACCCAUCAAUCCUGAUGUUCUCACAAGGGCCUUCCAGUUGGACAAGAGCGUGGUUAAGUACCUUCAGUCACGGUUCUGAUGGGACAACAACUAA